AUGGAAACUCUUCACCAGCCUAUUAUUAAAAUGGAGGAGGACUAUACACUGGUCUCAGACUCUGACCCUGAAUCUGCUUACUUGACCACCUCUUGGAACUGGAAAAAUAACUCAGAAAACUACAGCCUGAGUGAAACACCUUCCCCCCAAAGCUUGUCUCCUGCUGCCUCCUAUGAGUCUCCACUCUCUGGCUGCUCCCGUCCACCUAGCUUGGAGGACCUACCUUAUGGAAAUGAUAUGGUGGCAUACAGGUUGUUGCAGUACCCUGAUGGUGAAUGCCCACGUGGUCAACACACUCUAAAAGCUGCAAUGAGUGCCCAGCGCAGGAGAAAGGCCAGCGAGAGGGAGAAGAUGAGGAUGAGAGCCAUAGCUGAAGCUCUUCAUACCCUACGCAGGAAUUUGCCACCUAUCUACAGCCAGGGUAGACAACCCCUUACAAAAAUCCAGACACUAAAAUGUACCAUCUCUUACAUUGGGGAGCUGACCAAUCUCCUUAACAGCACCAAGGGAAAAUAG